AUGUCAGCAUGCCAAGCCCCUGGAACAGUAAAUGUUAGCGUCAGUGACGGACUUAUCGGAAGUGUUUUGGUGGAAUGCGAAUACAAAGGAAACAACACAGUGAGAACCAUACAGAAUAGUGGACCCACCGACAGUAUCAGUGUUCCUAACUGCACUAUAAACAAACCUGUGACAAUUGUUCUUUUCAAUGACACACAUAAUGCGUCACUUGGAGCUGUUAUAAAGAAGGACGAAUCGCAUGUAAUUAAAGAGAUCAUCGUCAUUUGUAACGGAUCACACAUGACAGUCAAAGAAAGUUUCAACAAUUCCGUUCUUGCCCCAACGGUGCUUACAAACAUUCCGCUGCACAAUACAUUGACCAUGAAAGUGACAGACGAACAGAGUAACAACCUGGCCACUGCUGUUGAUAUAGCACACAAUUAUAGCUUAGAAAUCACCGGCCCAGACAAUUUGUUUCUUCUCGUUGAAUCGUGUGAUGCUGCCUCAGAUUCGGAUUUCAAGAAUGCUAUAGUACCUUUAUACGUCAACAGGAAACCAAACGAUGAUUAUGGUGUUUUAGGAACAUUUUCAAAUAAUAUGACUAAAACUGCAGAAGCUACUAUGGUCGGUUUCCGAUUGGUUGAUUCUCCUGUUGUGUACCUACGUUGUGUUGUCGAUGUUUGUAAUGAAGCCGGUUGUCCAUCUCUGACUACCUCUACGACCACGACCACUACCACGACCACUACCACGACGUCUUUGCGGACACCAUCCGCACUCACGUCCGCGCCAAUACCGGUAUGACCGUUACAGAAAUAUUAAGAGCGUUCUAUACUGUAUAAUGCAAAUAACACAUCAUGCUGUUCUCCAGUUAACUGAUGAAUA